GCCUGUCGCCACGGUGAGAGGAGUGGAUGCGAUGGCCGGGCCGGCGUGGAUCUCUAAGGUCUCUCGGCUGCUGGGGGCAUUUCACAACCCGAAACAGGUGACCAGAGGUUUUGCUGGUGGUGUUAAGACAGUAACUUUAAUUCCAGGAGAUGGUAUUGGCCCAGAAAUUUCAGCUUCAGUUAUGAAGAUUUUUGAUGCUGCAAAAGCACCUAUUCAGUGGGAGGAGCGGAAUGUCACUGCCAUUCAAGGACCAGGAGGAAAGUGGAUGAUCCCUCCAGAAGCCAAAGAGUCCAUGGAUAAGAACAAGAUGGGCUUGAAAGGUCCUUUAAAGACCCCAAUAGCAGCUGGUCACCCAUCUAUGAAUUUAUUGCUGCGUAAAACAUUUGACCUUUAUGCAAAUGUCCGACCUUGUGUCUCCAUUGAAGGCUACAAAACCCCUUACACCGAUGUAAAUAUUGUCACCAUUCGAGAGAACACAGAAGGAGAAUACAGUGGAAUUGAGCAUGUGAUCGUUGACGGAGUCGUGCAAAGUAUUAAGCUCAUCACCGAGGAGGCAAGCAAGCGCAUUGCUGAGUUUGCCUUUGAGUAUGCCCGGAACAAUCACCGGAGCAACGUCACAGCUGUGCACAAAGCCAACAUCAUGCGGAUGUCAGAUGGGCUUUUUCUGCAAAAAUGCAGGGAAGUUGCAGAAAACUGUAAAGAUAUUAAAUUUAAUGAGAUGUACCUCGAUACAGUAUGUUUGAACAUGGUACAAGAUCCAUCCCAAUUUGAUGUUCUUGUUAUGCCAAAUUUGUAUGGAGACAUCCUUAGUGACUUGUGUGCAGGAUUGAUUGGAGGUCUUGGUGUGACACCAAGUGGCAACAUUGGAGCCAAUGGGGUUGCGAUCUUCGAGUCGGUUCAUGGGACUGCUCCGGAUAUCGCAGGCAAGGACAUGGCCAAUCCCACUGCCCUCCUGCUCAGUGCCGUGAUGAUGCUGCGCCACAUGGGACUUGUUGACCACGCUGCAAGAAUUGAGGCCGCGUGUUUUGCUACAAUUAAGGAUGGAAAGAGUUUAACAAAAGAUCUGGGAGGCAAUGCAAAAUGCUCAGACUUCACAGAAGAAAUCUGUCGCCGAGUAAAAGAUUUAGAUUAAUGCUUCUACAAAUGGUAUUUGCAUCAGUCACUUUUAAUGGACAGCGCAUAAACCUCUAUUUAGAAAACCUACCAUUAUGUAUGCAUUUGGUGUGCUU